AUGUCGGACAACUCGGGGCUUACGUCGCCUGGGGAGGCCACCUAUUCCUCCAAUACCUUGCAUGUUGGAGAUGGAACAUGGGACACCGACCGCGACACCUUUCUUCUCCCCAAUCUCAUGGGUGUGAACUUUGAGACGAUGAGGUACAAUGGAAUGGGAAACAGGUUCCGAGACAUGCCUCAUUACCACACCCUAAUUAUUGCUCAUGGUGUUAUCGCAGCGAUUGUAUUUCUCGGGCUGGUUCCCUUGUCGAUCCUGCUUGUGCGAUAUUACUCGCUCCGAAACCCAUACCAGGCCUUCAAAUAUCACGUUUGGUGCCAGGUUCUUACCCUUUUCUUGAGCACAGUUGUGUUUGUUCUCGGUUGGUUUGCUGUCGGACCGAGCCGAAGCCUUACGAAUCCGCACCAUGGUAUCGGUCUCGCCAUCUAUGUUAUAAUAAUUUUUCAGGUCAUAUGGGGCUGGCUUGUUCAUAAAAUCGAGCGGAAUAAGAAGAGAUUCCAUGUGCCUCUGAAACUAGUGAUUCAUCGCUGGCUGGGACGCGCUCUGGCAAUUUUGGGAAUUGUGCAAAUCCCCCUUGGACUCACUCUGUACGGGUCACCAAAGGUGCUGUUCAUCUUAUACGCGGUUGCUGGGUUUAUCCUUCUGGCAAUAUUCUUCGUGCUGUCGUAUCGAUAUGAUGAAGACGGUGGUCCGUCUGGGGACGGUGACUAUGACACCCGCUAUAGUUUUAUUUCCAGGCGGCCGGACGACGAUGAUCACAGGCGUAGCAGUCUUGGACGGAUGGCAGCAGCUGGAGCUGCCGGAGCUGGGUUGGCGACACUGUUCCGUCGACGCAGCCGCGAUCACGCCUCCGAGAGCUCCCAAACUUCCUAUAUGGAUGAAAAGUAUUCGGAUGAAGGGUCACGCCGCGGCGGCUUGGGAAGCAAAUUUCUUAAGCUAGGUGCACUCGGUGGAGGUGCUAUGCUUGCCAAACGCUUUUUUGACAGGAGGCGAGAACGAGAAAGCGACACCGAAUCCGGGAGAUAUCAGCCUGCCCACCGUAGAACCGACAGCAUGACAGAAGAAAGUUUGAGUCGCCUCGACGAUCGCCCACCACCGCAACCAACCUAUCCGGCUCCCGUCAAUCGUCCUCCGAACAGACCGCCGAGCAGAGAGCAGAGCAUCAGCUCCUCUUAUUACGACUACUCGUACUACUCACACGACGAAGAACGCCCAACCCAUACGGCUCGAAACGCCUUAUUCGGAGCAGGUGCACUUGCGGCUAUCAAGGGUUUCUUCUCCCGGCGCAAAGGAAAAGAUGAUGAGCAGCGUCAUGUGGAAGAGCUGCGGCGUCACGACCUCAAGCAUGAGAAGCUAGCCCGAGCAAACAGUAAACGGCGAUAUACUGGAGAUGGGUAUUACCCUCAACGCAAGCGUCCAGCUUCCCAAACAGCUACCGAUGUCUCGACCGAUCUCACACCCCGUCCUCCUCGCGCGCAGUACCCUCCAGAAUCGGCCCUUUCAGCAGCGCCUGUCGCACCCGGCGCGGUUGAUGAUGCACACUCUGAACUACCUCCAGCCCCACCAAUCCAUUACGAUCCAGCCUCAACCAUGACUCCCGCACCCGCAACGUCGCACCCGCCACCACCUCCAAUCGUCCCAGUUACUGCUGCCCAUGGUGGCUCCGCUGGCCCUUCGUCAGGUCACCUACCGACCCCCGGCGGCGCCGCAUGGCAACGAGAGGGCCACGUCGAGUCUCCGCCAGUAUCAAUCAAAGUAAAGAUGCACGACGACGGGCGAAACAUCACACUCCGGCGGUUAACAGAGGAGGAAGCAGCCGCCGGCCGAGAAGCCCGUCGCCGCGAGAGACGCAACUCGCGCCGCCGAAACGGAAGCGUGAGCUCACUCUCCGGCAAUGAAGGCACCGGCAGCCGUGAUCGUUGGCGCCGCGUUGAAGAGCUCGAACGCCAGCAGCAGGAGCAAAUUGAUCGCGAACGCGCAGCAGCAGCAGCAGCCGCCGCCGCGGCCACUACACAUGCUUCCCCUGCACCUAUAACGCAACCGCCGCUCGCUCCCGCCCCUGCUGCUUCAGGGUACAGCAUCCCUCCUCCCGCCUCGUCAUUCCUUCCUCCACAACAAAGCAUGAGCCAUAUCCCCCCUCGUGCGCCAUCAAGCAACCCCUACGGAAGCAUCACCUCGCCUGUGGGAACAUACACCGGGACUGACGCGAGCGAGUACGCCACUAAUCGGCGCCGGAGGCGAGCGGAAAGAGCCCGAGCAAGGCAGGAGCGGCAAGGGCAUAGUGUUGAAUUCACAUAA